GUCAACCUAGAGGCAGGAGACUUUUUCACUCACGCACGACGCCUCAGUUUGCUACGCUUGCGUUCGUUGGCGGGUCGACACUUGAUCCAGCGGUUCACCGCACUGCUGCGGCGGCACCGUUUCGGUUACCAGCGACGCCAGGGAGAGGCUUGGCCGGCCUGACCCUGCUGCAGCUACACCCAACACGCCGCGCCGGGCCUGAUCAGCAGUAGAACUACAGAGCACCCACUAGCGCCAUGACCCAGGAGUCCUGCGCCUACGCCUCCAGGGCAACGCAGCUCCUCUACGUCAUCGCGACCGACUGCGCCGUGCGCCUCGCCCUGCGCGCGGGUUUGAGAAUCGCGCCGUCGCUGUCGACGACGCUCCUCUACCGCGCCAAGGCCGCGGCUCGGAACGUCAUCCACUUCGUAAGGGCGGCGACGGCGUGUCUGGGUUGCAGCGUCCAAUGUGCUGCGCUGCUGAGCAGCCACUGCGACGCAACAGUCUUCGGCGCGGCGCUGCACGCCGGCUACCUGGCGAUCGCUUUUGAUGGUUUGUUCGGCGAAAAACUAGGACGAAGAAGGGGCGUCGUCGCCGCGGCGGCCGUCGGUCUGCCAGCUGCUCUACUCGCGAGACAAUCAAUCGCAAGAUACGCCUUGUAUUGGGCCCUCUUCUGCUUAACUAAGCAGUCGCUGCAGAUGGCGCUGUGGCGGUACCGGGGCUGGCGCGCGCCGCCGCUACCUAUUACUUUACCGCUCCUCGGUAACUUACUACCGGCAGCUCCCGCGUUCAUGCGAUUCUUACUGAGACAGGCCAAAAGGCACUUCGCCAAGGAAGGAUUAUUUCUCUUCUGGCCGGCUGGCGGCGCGCCCCUAUGUGUGAUUGCUCACGCGAAAACCGCGCGAAAAAUACUGUCUGAUAGAAGAACGUUCCCGAAGGGUCCCGACUACCGUAGGAAGUUCGGCUUCGUGUUUGGAGAUGGUCUGGUGACGGCGGAGGGCGCUUCCCACGCGCGGGCGAGAAAACUACUAGCGCCGUACUUCAGGACCGAUAGACUGAAGGUCGACGGCGUCCUGCAAGCUUUCCAAAGUUCACUGGAUAUGCUGAGCGAGGGCGACGUCGACGUGCAAAGUUUUUUUCAUCUCGCGACGCUGCGCGCGUUUUGUCGCUGUUUACUCAGCGAAGAUGUUGAUGGGUGGAAACGCGACGAGAACGACGCAAAAGGCGACGUCGCGAGGUUCGUGGCCGAGGCUUGUAGUUUUGGGAGUUUGGUGGUGGGGGAACACAUGCUGUUUGAUUUGCCGAUGAGCGAGACGCUGUUUGGUCGUGUGCGCAAGCUAAGGAGGAUGCGCGACUCAUUGAGAAGCAAAGUCCUGCGGCCCGUCGUCGAGCGGAGGCGUGCCUUGGCAGAGAAGCCCGACGACUGCUUGACCGCGCUGAUUCAGCACCAGUCAAUUGAUCCUACUUUCACUGACGAACACGUCCUCGACCAGCUCGUGACGCUGAUCGGCGCGGGCCACGACACGUCGGCGUACUUUCUCUGUUACGCGUGCUUUGAACUGGCGCGGCACCCGGAGAUCCAGGACGCACUGAGGGAGGAGCUUUCUACGAAUGAAGAUGACUUGUUCCGGAGAGUUGUACGAGAAACGUUACGCUUGUACCCGGUCAUCCCCAUGGUGACACGAGUCGCAUCGUGUUCUACUUCCGUCGUGGACGGGCAUGGGAACAACAAAUCGAUCCCGAAGGGUGCUCGGCUCAUCGUGCCGUUCUUCCUCCUCAAUAGAUUACCGGAGGUCUGGGGCGCGGACGCGGCGGACUUCAAGCCGGACCGGUUCCUCGCCAUCAGUGGUGGCGUCGCGGCGCCGGCGCAGGGCUUCCUGCCCUUCGGCUCCGGCGCUCGGAGCUGCGUCGGCCAGGGCCUCGCGCUGCUCGAGGCCCGCACCUUCCUGCGCGAGUUGUUGGACGUGUAUGAGCUGCGGCCCGUCCCGGGCUUCGCGCCUUCCAUCAAGGCCGGCGUGUCGCUGACCUCGGCCGGCGGCGUGCGCGUGCGCCUCGUCAAGCGGGCUGUCUAGAUGUGCAUAGGAAGUAAGUAAGACGUGUGUAAAAUCGUGGUGAAUGAGUCUUCCAGGAGGGGAUCACGGCGAUGGCGUACGGUGAGCUCGUGG